AUGAAGGUAUUUGUUUUAUAUUUGUUAUCGAUCUAUAGUUCAAAUCGCAUGAUAACAGAUUCGCGUGUGCGAAAGUCUAAUGUUUUAAGUGGUUUUUCAUCGUUUUUUACAUCGAAUGAUUUUGGUAGUGAGAAGACAGCAGAAAAUUGUGAACAGAAGACAAACAAGUGUCUUGAACAGGAGACAACAGGUCGCUCCGAACCAGAUAAAAGUUCUGAUAAUAAAAAGAAAAAAGAAAAUGGCAUAGCAGGAGAUAUUAUUAGUCCGGAGUUGGUAUCUGCCUUUAGUCUUUUUAAUUUUUUGCUUAUGGUAAUUAAUAAGGGAAUUGGAAUUAUUUUUUAUUCUUCAUUAUUUGUGAUUCCUGCUAUUUUUGGAGGUAAAACAAUAAGCGUAUUGUAUAACUAUUUUUUUAAAUAA